CACCACAUCAGCUGCUGUUAGCUGGAGUCAGCCACCAGGAUUGGACCAGACCCAACAUCAUUACCAGAUCUCCUACCACUGUCCAGGGACAGAACCACAUCACUACCACAUCUUCACACAGCAUCGCUCUCUCUGACCUGCAAGGUGGUACUCAGUACUCUGUCACUGUCUGUACUGUGCUGGAGAACAGGAAGAAAAGUCAACUGGUGUCAACAACCCUGACUACAAUACUUCCUGCUCCAGACCAGCUGACUGUUGACUCAGUGGACACCACAUCAGCUGCUGUCAGCUGGAGCCAGCCACCAGGAUUGGACCAAACCCAACACAAUUACCAGAUCUCCUACCACUGUCCAGGGACAGAAUCACACAUCAUUACUACAUCUUCACACAGCAUCACUCUCUCUGACCUGAAACCUGCUACUGAAUACUCAGUUAUUGUCUGCACUGUGCUGGAAAAUGCGGAGCAAAGUCAACUUGUGUUAAUAACCCUCACCACAACAAUGAUCCCUGCUCCAGACCAGCUGACUGUUGACUCAGUGGACACCACAUCAGCUGCUGUUAGCUGGAGCCAGCCACCAGGUUUCGACCAGACCCAACAUCAUUACCAGAUCUCCUACCACUGUUCAGGGACAGAACCACACAUCACUACCACAAAUUUACCCAGCAUCACUCUGCCUGACCUGCAAUGUGGUACUCAGUACUCUGUCACUGUUUGCACUGUGCUGGAAAAUGGAAAGCAAAGUCCACUGAUGUCUCAUACCCUCAUCACAGUUAUCCCUGCUCCAGACCAGCUGACUGUUAACUCAGUGGACACCACAUCAGCUGCUGUUAGCUGGAGCCAGCCACCAGGAUUGGACCAAACCCAACAUCAUUACCAGAUCUCCUACCACUGUCCAGGGACAGAACCACACAUCACUACCACGUCUUCACCCAGCAUCACUCUCUCUGACCUGCAAGGUGGUACUCAGUACUCUGUCACUGUCUGCACUGUGCUGGAAAAUGGAAAGCAAAGUGAACUGGAGUCAACAACCCUCACCACAAGUAAGGAAAAACCCUACAGUUGAAGUCGGAAGUUUACA